GCAUUUCUGUGACUUAGCUGGCUGUGGGGAGCUGGCCCAUUUGGGCUAAGGCAGUAUGGGAACCAAGACCAUCGCUUCUUUCAGUAACCAGCUUAAGUGUGUUAUGUCAAUGCAGCCAAAAAAUACUGUCAUCAUAUGAGUGUGUGUGUAUGUGGGGGGGGGUGGUAUUUGGAAUUGCCUAUCCUCCCUCCUAGAAUACAGGGACCUCCUCCAGGAAUUUACCAGGGACUGACCAAAACUGGAUUGAUUGCACAAGCUCUUCAAACAGGGCAGAGAAGUGCAAUAAAGUUUACCCAUCAUGCCUCUGUGACAGCUUAUGCAAGAAAAAUGAAAAGAUCAGCCUGACACUGCUUGAAGGCUGGGCUGGGCUGGGCUGGGCUGGAGGCAGAUCCAGGGUUAUAACAAGGAAGCUGAUGUCUAUCGUAAAGGUGACUCACCUGCAGCUGAACUUUUCUGAGCUCCACUUCCAACCCGAGCAGCACCUGGCCUUCAGAAUCAACAAUGGCUCCAUCAGCAUGCGCUUCCGGCGCCAGCUCCUUUACUGGUUUUUCUAUGAUGUUGGCUCCAUCAAGACGUCGGCUGAAGGGGUCAACAUCCACACCCUGCUGAGGCUCUCCAGGGACAAGGGAGGACGUCUCAAGAUCGCCAACAUGAGCUGCAACGCUUCCAUUGCCCGAAUGCAUGCAGGAUUCAGCGGCACGCUUCGAAAAGUGUAUGAAUUCCUGGCCGUACUGAUCACCACAGGGAUGCGCUACGUCCUCAGUCAGCAGAUCUGCCCUGUGCUCAAUCACGCAGGGCUGGUGCUGCUCAACUCCCUGCUGGACACCGUGCCCGUGCGCAAUCCUGUGGAUGACCACAUUGGCAGCGACUACUCCCUACUGAAUGACCCCCAUGUCACCACUGACACCAUAGACCUGGAUUUCAAGGGCAUGUUCUUCCCCUUGCGAAGCGAGAACGAAACGCUGGCCAAUCUGGCUGCAGAGCCUCUCAUCACGGAGUCGGAGCGCAUGGUCUACAUGGCUCUCUCAGAGUACUUCUUCGAUUCAGCCCUCUUCUCCUACUACCAGGCGGGGGUGCUGAGCAUGGAGUUCGUGGGUGACGAGGUGCCGAAGGACUUGCAGGUUUUGCUGAGAGCCUCCCUCUUCGGAAGCAUCAUGCUGAUGAGCCCUGAGGUGGCGGACGCGCCCCUGACGCUAAAGCUGCGGGUCACCGAAGCGCCUCGCUGCACCAUCAGGCCCUCCGGCACCUCUGUCUCAGUCGCGGCCCUGUUCAACAUCUUCUUGGCCCCCCUGGACCAGCCCCUGAUCCUGCUCUCCAGCCUGACCAUGGAAGCCCGGUUGAGCGCCAAGGUGGUACUUCACAAAAAGGCUCUUCGGGUGCAGCUCGACCUCAGAAGGUUCCGGAUCUACUCCAACCAGUCGGCGCUGGAAUCCUUGGCACUCAUCCCGCUGCAAGGCCCUUUGAAGACUCUGCUGCAGAUGACCAUCAUGCCCUUCAUCAACGAGAAGACCAAGAGAGGUGUCCGGAUCCCGCUCCCAGAAGGCAUGGACUUCACCAAGGAGGUUGUCAGGAGCCACUUGGGCUACCUCACCAUCGGGGCCGACCUGCAUUUCAGCAAAGGGCUGCGAGAGGUCAUCGAGAAGCUCCGGGCCCCGCCUGGCCCUGCUCCACCCCCCAUGGCUGCAUAGGGGCUCCGGGUGUCAUCCCCACCAGCUCCGAACUCCUCCUCCUCUCCCUGCAGAGCUGCAUGAGGGGCCUUUGGAAGCUUCUGGGGCGCUGAAUAAAGAGCCCGCUGCCCGCCUA